AUGGGGCCACCACCAAUACCCCUGGUGCGGGCGAGCGCUUCCCAGAGCGACAGUCUUUUGGACCUCAUCGUCCUGGCCAAGCGCAUAUGUCACCUUGCCGCAGAGAUAGACAACAUCGAUCGAGCAGCUCGCCCGAAGCGCUUCCUUCGCUCAGCGGCAUCCCGCAGUUCUGCCGGCACAUCCGACCAAGGCAGCUUGACUGCACCUCUCUGUAGUUUUCUCUGUCCAGCCGUUACUGGGCCAGCUUCAGGUCAGUCGGAUCAAGAUGCUUUUCCUCGCAGCAGAUCACGGCAUGGCUUCCCUUCGCCAAAUCACACCAGCUCUUCUCCGCAUUCUCCCGGUCUUUUCCGACAUCACCGCCCUUAUUCGCAAUCGGUGCAAUACCGAGGCGCCUCGACCGCAGCUGCCGCCAUCAAGCUUGCGGAUACACACGUCGAUCAACAUCCAGGUCCCUCGCCUUCCUCUCACGGCCACUUCCCGUUGCACGCCGAUCCUCAUUGGCAAGAGGAUUCCGAAAACGUUGCAUCUCCCGCGACCGCCACAAGGUCUCACAAUUGUCCAAACCAUUGGCUGUCUUCUUGGCAGCCUGCUGGAGCCAAAUCUCAGCAGGAAGAUCUACAUGUGAGGUCUCGGAUGAAGCAGGCCCUCGACGAACACAGGGCAGAAUUCGGUCCAGGCUGGAGGGAAAGAAGCGAAACGAAUGGUCUCAAUCGGCGCCGACUUGCAGCCCACCGUUUGUGGCGCGCAUAUCAGACACAUGCUCACAAGGAGAAGCUUUCGACGGAAAUGCGCGUCACCGUUGCCAACGCACUCGUCUUGUCCGUCCACUACGUCACUACCAACAAGGCGCAUUCUCCCCAAUCAAAGGCGCUGCGCCACCUUGUGGGUCGACGAAUCCACGCCAUCCUGCAAGAUUGUCGCCUUGUUCGCGCCAACAGAUUCCCAUCCUCCCGCUCAUCGCCAGCGUCCAAGAAUUUGAACAUGACCAUCUCGCUGCUGGAGCCGGUCUCUCUCGCCCUGCAGGCACAGCCUGUCGCCGCUCUCAAACUCAUGGAUGAGAUCCUGCUGCGCACGCGACCCGACAUCUACCGACACAAGACCGACCAGUCUUCUCAAGGCGAAUAUCUCUCUCCAAUUCAUGCCACCCUACUCACCAUCGUCGACUCGAUCGACUUUGAAAUCAACUGUCAUCCGACCGCAAGCAAUCUCACCAAUGCAAUCCUUUCGCAACCUCACUUCUUCGAGGACGACGGUAUGUUGGCCGAUCUCGAGAAGGGUCUCGAGGCACCAUCAGAGUCCGGCGACCCAAUCAAGAGCUUCCUCGAUUGGAUCAUUGACUCACCGCAUGCGUUCCUGCUCUCGCACAAAGACUUCCGAAGCGCUCGAACCAUGCUCUUCCAUUGUCUAUCGCAGGUGCGAGACCCUCACCGUCUUCUCGAGAGAUUCAGCCAGGAUCGCGACCCCGAACAGCCAGGUUUCGUGUACGCUUGCGACUUGCUGCUCCGAUCUCGUCUUCGGAUCAGCUCGGAAGCGGCUUUGGAACUCUACGACGAUCUGUGGUCGAGGGGCGUCCACGUAGCCGACAGCCUCGUCAAUCAGUUGAUCAGAGAAAGUGGCGGCCAAGCUCCAGCAGCCCGCCUCGAGGCGCUGCUGCACCGUGCAACCAAUCCGAAAGCGCAAAUCCAGGGUCGGGUAUCCAUCCCAGUUUUGCGGAGUGUCGCCCUCGCCUGGGCCAAGCGCAACCGCUCAGAUCGUGUAACGUCCCUGCUUGCCUAUCUCAAGCGUCGCUCGAGCAAGGGUCACGACGAGUUUUCUCAACAGGUUCAUGUAGAGCUUGCUGCGGCUCGCGGUGACGUCCAGUCGCUCUACGAGCGUCUAGCAGAGAGGUACGAUUUCGCAGCCCGAUCCGUGGACGAGUGCACCGUCGGCAAGAUCCCGCUCGACGGCAAGGCGUACGCUCUUCUUAUCAAAUCCUGCAACCGUUCGGACGAUGUCGACCUGGCCGAAUUUUACCUGACCGAAGCGCUCGAGAGGGGCAUCCCGCCCAGGUCCUCCGAUUUCAACCUCGUCAUCGACAUGCACGUCCGCAAAACCAACAUCGACGCGGCACUCGCCAUCUUUGACCAGAUGAAGGAGUUCGGCGUGCAUCCGGAUACCUACACCUACACCAUCCUAAUUCAUGGUUUCGCGUUACGACGCGAUCCGGACUCUGCGGCUCAUGCACUCAGAGCCUUGAUUGCGGCAGGCAAGUCCCCGGAUCGAAUCACGUACGCCGCCUUGCUCAACUGCUUCGUCGAGUCCGGCCUGUACGAAUCUGCGAUUCGCUUGUUCGGAUGGAUGCAGGAUCAACGCGACGUCCGAAUCCGCCCGACGAUCGAGGUGUGCAACAUCAUCCUCAAGGCGUACGUGCUCAGCGCUCUGCCUGUACAAAAGGUCAUGAAGUUUGUCGACAAUGUUCGCAAGCUGGGACUUCUACCGAAUGCAAGCACCUACGCUCUCAUGCUGCAAAGCGCAUGCGAUGCGGGUUUGAUGGAUGUUGCCGAGGAAGUGUUUUCGGAGGCGGAAGUCGCAUUGCCCAAUCUCACCGGAUCGGGGCAGGGCCAAGGUGCCAAUGUCUAUCACUUUACCAUCAUGAUGCACGGCUACCUGCGUCUCGGCGAUCAAGCGGAAGCCAAGGAUUACUUUGACGAGAUGCAGGGUCGAAAGCUCACGCCUAGUGCUAUCACAUGGAGUGUCAUGGUUCACAGCUACGCUCACAGCGAGAACGAGGCCAACUACGAUCUUGCCUGCAACCUUGUGUCGCAGCUCGUUGCUGACGAAACAAAGAGGAUUUUCCGGCCUUCUACAUGGGACGUACCCGCUACGCGCUCUCAAUUGGCUAGGCUGCAAAAUGCGGAUCGGGCCGCCAACGCAAACAGACAAGCCGCCAAAUACAGCGCACCCUUCCAAUCGCUCUAUACGGUGCUGAUGGUCGCGCAAGCUCGCCGAGGCGAGCCGGACAAAGUUGAAGAAACGCUCAAGACCAUGUCGCGGCACAUGCCCACACUGUCUGUGUCUGCGCUGACGCCGCUUCUCGAUGCGUACCGACGGGCAGGCGACGUCGAUAGUGCGCUGGUAUUGUUCGAACAGAUCUAUGAAUCAGCACUAAAAUCGGCUCGAAGCAACAGUCGUCGUGUCUACAUGUACAGCAAGCCGAGCGCCGAAGACGCCGGGGACACGGUUUCUCAGGCGUUAGAUCGACGCAGACAGGAUGCUAGCAGUCGCAAUCUACUGUGUCUUCCUGUCUCGAUCAUGGUCGACCUCUUGUCCACCGCAGGCCGCCAUGAAGAGAUCGUCAAGAUGUGGGCCAGGGCCAAAGGCGACGGAUUUGGGUUCGACUCCGACAACUGGAACCAUUUGGCCGCGUCCAUGGCUCGGGCUGGACAGCUGGAUGAGGCGCUCUCUGUUGUGGAGCAUGUGCUUUACCGCGAUCCUCCGAAUGCUUGGAUGCGAUCGAGAUUGAAUGCUGGCGGCGGAAGUAGGAACGGUCACGAUCAUGGUGUCGAAGGAGAGGCAGACAAGCUCGAAGGACCCGCUGUGCUCGAAGGUAGUGGCGGUGAAUCGCCGGACGGGGUCAACUUUGACCCUUUGCCAGCAGACACGCUCCUGGAUCCGGCGGCAUUGCAUCGCUCCGACGCCACGAGUGCACCCGCCGAACCUCUCAGCCGCAGACAUCAGAACCGCACAGACGACGAUCCUUACGUCGACCUACCGUUCGAGCGUCGCGAGCCCACUUCCAGCGAAGACGACGACGCCGACAGUGAGGUGAGGCUUCCCUCGCAGUCACACAUCGAACCGAGCGCGUUCUACCUCGACUCGUCCGCAAAGCUUCCCUACAAACGAGAUCUCGUUCCCACGACGGCGGACUCGUUCUCGCCGUGGUACGCGCACUUUGCGACGAUGGAGGCGAUAAGCCGUGGAUUGGCGGAGCUGCGUGAGGCGUCCAAGGUCAUCACACUGCUGGACAGGUACAAGACAGCGGCGGGAUUGUUGGAUCUGCACGAGAGGAAGGUGGAGAUCAUCAGGGAGAGACAGAAGGAGGAAGCUGUGAGGAGCGCGAGGGAUUUGAUUGACGGAAGGGGUUGA